AUGAGUAAUCAAAGAGUUUUAUAUUGGCCAGAGACCUAUAAUAAUAUAAAAGAACUUGGUAGAGGUGUUAGUGGUGUUGUUUAUAAAGCAUCACAUAAGAAAACAGGUCAAAUUGUAGCUAUAAAAUUAGUUGAUAUGAAACAAAGUAAAAUUUCAACAGAACAAAUUCAAGGUGAAAUUAGAGCAUUAUUAACAUUAAAUCCAGAGAAUGAAAGAACACAUAUAAAUAUUAUAAAAUUAAUUCAAUGUUUUAUACAUAAAACUACAGCAAUUUUUAUAUUAGAAUAUGUUGAUGGUGGAACAUUAGAAGAUUUUAUGUAUAGUUUUGAAAGAGGUAUGCCAUUAUCAUUAAUAAGUCAUUGUUUAUAUCAAUCAGUGAAUGCAAUUGAAUAUAUGAAUUCAAAGAAAUGUUCACAUCGUGAUAUUAAACCGGCAAAUAUAUUAAUGUUAAGAAAUCGUAAACCAAAAUUAAAACAGCAGAGUGAACAACAACAACAAGAGGAUGGUGGAUAUAUUAGAUAUAGUGGACAAUUUCAAUUGGAACCAUCAUCACAAGAGAAUAAUAAUUAUCAAUUUGAUCCAGACGAAUUACCAAUUCUUAAAGUUACAGAUUAUGGGUACGCAUCGAUUAGUGGUAAUGAUAGUGCAGAGAUUCAUUCGACAUUGGCAGGCUCACCACUUUAUAUGGCACCAGAGAUUAUACAUAUUAUAUUAUCACCCUUUUUAGAGCCUGGUACUGGUAAACUAUCAGCUGACAGUUCCGAAGGUUACAAUCCUUUGUUAGUCGAUGUUUGGGCAAUUGGUGCAGUAGCAUUCAGAUUAAUAACGGGUGAUGAUUUAAUUAGUGUAAUCUUUCCAAAUUUAAAUCAAACUACUGUUUUAGCUGCUUUGGUUAAUUUAGCGAAAAUGAUCGAUAAUGGUGAUUUCCAAAAGGGUUUAGAUAGUAUACCCAAUGAAAUUCGUAAAUAUGGUCUUGUUGAUCCUGAUAUUGAAUUGGGUAUUUCUUUUAUCACAUCUUUACUUCAAUUAGAUCCAAAGAAAAGAUUGCCAUUAAAAGAAACUUUAAAUCAUCCUUUCCUUGCAAAAGGUAAAUUAUCUUUUACUCAAACUUUAAACCAACAUUAUAAAGAUAAUAAAGAUGUUUUAGGUUCAAUUGUACCUUCAGAUAUUUCAAAUUUUUUAAAUCAAAAUCAACAACAACAACAACAACAACAAAAAUCAUUUUCAACUUCAUCAUUACCACAAGUUAAUCAUAAUAAUGAUACUAAUAAUAAUAAUAAUAAUAAUAAUAAUAAUAAUAAUAAUAAUAAUAAUAAUAAUAAUAAUAAUAAUAAUAAUAAUAAUAAUAAUGAAAAAGAUAAAGAUAAUCAAUCAAAUAAUUCAUCAUCAUCUUCUUCAUCAUCAUCACCACCAUCACCAACAAUUUCAAAAUCAUCACCAUCAUCAUUAUCAUCAUCAUUAUCACCAUCAUCAUCAACUGAUGAUUUACCAAAAGCAAUGAAAUGGUCAUCAUCAGUUAAACCACCUAAGAAAUCAAAUUUUGCUCCAACCUUUUUAUCACAUCAAAGAAGUGAUAAGAUAACCUUAUUUCCAAAACUUUUACCACCACCAACUAAAGAUGCACCACCAUUAGAAACAAUGAAUUGGAGAAGUCCACCAGUUGAAGUUGGUGAUAGUAUCACUUGGACAACAUUAACACAAGAUGCUAUAUUUCAAGUUCAAUUUAGUGUUUUAACUUCAUUCCUAAAGGUAAUCUCUGCUUCAAAUUCUUAUCAAUUCCGUAUUAUCACCUCUUUAACAAAGGUACCAUUAGAAAUCGCUGUUUCAAAUCAUAAAGAUACUAUCCUUUAUAUGUAUAAUAUUGUAAAAUCAGUUAUUGCACCUCAAUUAAUUUCACUUUCCAAUGCUUUCGAUGAAAAUUCAAUUCGUUCUGUAUUAGCUGCUAUCCUUUAUCAAAUUGGUACUGAAACUGAACAAGCUGAAAUUGCAAAUUGUUGGACUUUAGUUUAA